ACAAUACUUUUCUUAAUGUUGAAACCGUGUACGCGUAACAAGUUUGUCAAUAAAAGUUGAUCAAAUGGUAUAAUAACUUACGUCCCCCACCACUACUAUAAAUACUUCUCUCACAUUAUCACUUUCAUCACAAUAUUUGUACAACUAACCCAUUCAUAUUCCAAUCUAAUUGAAAAACCAAAAAUGUCAGGAAUCAUUCACAAGAUAGAAGAGAAACUCCAUAUUGGAGGCCACAAGGAAGGAGAAAAGCACCAUGACCAUAAUAAGCACAAGCAAGAAGAGCACAAAAAUGAACAUGGUCAUAGUGAAGAGCACCAUCACAAGAAGGAUAAGAAAGACAAGAAGGACAAGAAGGAUAAGAAGGACAAGAAAGACAAGAAGGAUAAGAAGGACAAGAAGGAUAAGAAGCAUAACAACAGCAGCAGUGACAGUGAUUAGAUCGCAUUUGGAUGAUUGUUAUGUAUUGUUUCAUAAUGUAUCAUAUUGUAUGAUGUAUGUUUUAACUAAUAAAAUGUUUGAAUAAAUUGUAUCAUUCUCUGUUAU